ACCCAGCCAUGUUCUCAGGAUUGUAUUUUGUCACAGCAUUUAUGGAGGUGCCUCUGGUUGAAUACAACAAGACAAGGUUUGACCUUCUCCUGCAUGGCUUGAAUUGCUGCGCUGGAGUCACAGUGAAAGUGCCCGGCACUAAUUUCUCUCAGUUCUACUCCCUGAGCCCGGGUCAGAUAGCCAACGUCACCAUUCCCACCAAUGUCAUGCUUGUGGGCAGCUCACUUUUGUACAACUGUAUUGUAGAGGUGUCUUCUAAUAAGAGCAUCAUUGUCAUCUCUCAAGUCUGGACACCCAAUGGGUUUGACUCUUCUUACGUGUUUCCAACUAGGUAUCUUGACUUAAACUACUACAUCCUCACUCCUGUCUUUGAUCUGCCUGGAUAUGCCCAGUUUGCCAUUGUCAACCAAUACUCUACAACAACUGUUAGUGUCACUAUUGAAGGUGGUGUUGUUGAGUUCAGUGGGCAGUUUUGGUCUCCUGGGAGCAUCAUAACCUUCACACUUGGCCCAUACCAAGCUGCACAGUUCCAGCUAAGGGGUAACCUCUAUGGUACAUCAGUUGAGGCCAAUAAUAGAGUUGCAGUGUUAAGUGGGUACCAAACAAGCCUCAAGUACUGUUAUGUAUAUGAGCAACUGCUGCCCCAGUCCGGCUGGGGUAAAUCUUUUAUUUUGCCCUCACCCUCUGUCCCACAACAAGAAGAUAAGAUGCAGUUAAUUGCUGCUGAGAUAACAGAUGUUACUGUGUAUAAUGAUGAUGGGAAGAAGAAAUAUACAGUGCAGAUGGGAAACAUCUUAAACCUUCCAGUCAACUCAUCUUCCCUUCAGAUUGUGGCUAACAGGGCUGUGAUGGUCCUUUAUAUUAGUCCUGGGAGAACCAUUUCAGGAGAUCCCACACUCCAACCUUAUUUGGCCACUGUGAUUCCCAUCGAGAGGUUUGAGACACUGCAGGUCAUUCAUGCUCCAUCCACCCUCUCCACCCAUCUACUUGUGAUAGCCAAAUGGGACAAGUAUAAAGCCGUAAAGUUGGAUGGAAGCUCCUUCCCAGCUUAUGUGAAAUGGAAUAAAGUCUCAUCAGGUCAAGACAAUUAUGCUUGGGUGGAAGUGGCACUUAGUGCCGGGUCUCACUUUGUAUGUCAGGUAUCGGAGGAGAAAGUUUGGGCAACAGCCUACAGCUUUAGUGGACCAUCCAUUCCUGUUGUUGGAAAGAACUUCUCUGUCUUUGGACCCAAUUCCUGCUCAAACACUGAAAACCAGUUAGGCAACAGCUCAUCCGUCCUCAACCCCCAAUCCACCACUGGAUCCAACAUCAAUUCUAGUCCUUCAUCCCACUCUAAUGCAUGGACACCAGUUGGCUCUACAGGGCUCUGGAACCCCAGAAAGCUCAGUGUGGAGGGGGCACAGCUCGGAUGGUGGGACGCUUUACGCUAUUGCCGUGAAAAUGGCUCAGAUCUCAUCAGUGUCCCAGACCUUGAGAGCCAAAGGCUACUGGAGACUGUACCCAAGGACAUUGCUGGGAUGGGAAUUUGGAUCGGCCUGCGCAGGCACCGAGUCUGGGGGACCCUCUAUUGGACAGACAAGACCCCUGUAGAUUACACAAACUGGGGGGAAGGGCAGCCUAGUGACCCCACCUUCAACUUGUGUACAAUGCUGUCUGUACUGGGGGGUCUCACCUGGGAGGCUGAAUGCUGUAGCACCAAACUGAGAUUUAUCUGUAACUGACUCCAUCAUGGAAUUACCUCCCAGUCUUAUUUACUGACACCUACACGGGGGGAUCAUGGAUUAGAUACUCUUAUUUACCAUUAGAAUCACUUGUAUUUGCCCCUGGGAGAGAAGUGCCCCAAGGUGGGCAAGUCAGAGGCUAAAAACAAUGUGUAACAAUAAAGCUCAU